AUGCCGCGGUUUAAUCGCCGUGAGCAGCUUCCGCUGCACAUCAAGCGCGCAUUGUGCGCGCAUCACGUCGAGCACCCCCUCCUGCGUCACGUAGAUCUCGCCCGCUGGGUUUACGCCCAGUAUGGCCUGCGACCUGACCGCUCCACGGUCGGCCGCAUCCUGAAGAAUGCCGAGCGUUGGGCGCUCACCGAACCCACUGCCGCCAAUCAAGUGCGCCGUCGAGGUGGCGCAUGGCCUAAGCUUGAGCAGGCCAUGGCGCGCUGGAUCGCCAACGCUGGCCCCGCGGGCGUACCACUCACUCUGCAGACGAUCCGCGACCACGUCGCAACCAUGGCGCGCAACAUGGGCAUUCCGCCCGUGUUCCGUUGCUCCAUUGGCUGGGUGCGCCGUGCGUUGCGGCGCCAGGGAGUGCGAUGCCGUGCCGCCACCGGCGAGGCGGCGAGCGCCGACAUGGCUGCUGUGCGUGAAGCGCGUGAGAAGGUGCCGCAGCUUCUUACUCACCUCGGCUACAAGCCGCGCGACACCUUCAAUCUUGACGAGACCGCGCUGUGGCUCUCUGUGCUGCCUCGGAAAACAUACAGCAACGCGCGCAUUCCCGGUCGCAAGGUCUCAAAGGACCGGAAGACGGUGGCGUUUCUCGUUAACGCCGACGGGAGUCAUGUUUUCCAGCCGUUAGUCAUCAGCAAGGCGCGCCGUCCUCACGACUUCCGGCCGGACUACGACCCCAAAGCCGUCUGCUACUGGCGGCACAACGCCAAGGGUUGGAUGACCAGCGCGGUUUAUUCACCCCCCCUCUACCUCCCUCCCUCCCAAUCCCCUCCAACAGUUGUUCACGCAUUUUAUGUCGCAGCUCAAUGCCGCGAUGUAUGCCGAAGGGCGGCACAUCGCGGUGCUGCUCGACAACGCCAGCUCCCAUAUGCUGCGGGACGAGUGCGCGUGGAGCGAAAUCGUCUGCGGCAUGAGGACCACGUGCCUCAGCAACGUGCGCAUCAUCUUCCUGCCGCCGAACACAACCGCCUUCACGCAGCCCCUCGACCAGGGCAUAAUCGCGACCGCGAAGGCCCGCUACCGCCAGCACUGGCUGCGGGCCUUCACGGCAUUGUGGAACGACGACGGAGCCACAAGCGCCGUCGCCCGCUAUCGCCCCAAUCUGCGCGACGUGCUGGGGUGGCUCUCCGACGCCUGGAUGAGUGUCGGUGCGCGCACCAUCUAGAGCUCGACGACGACAUCGACGACGUCGGCGAGCUCAUUGGCGGACUCGGCCUCGGCACCGGCGCGAUGACCGCCGCGGAGUACGUCGCCAUCGACGAGGGCGAGCCGACGUGCGCGGAGCCGGUCGCGGAGCCGACUCGUAAUGAUGCGGACGUGGGCCUGGUGGCGGAGCUAUGGAGGGCGCCGACCACGAUGCAGGCGGUGUAUGACGACUCCGACCCCGUGGGCCGUGAAGCGCGGCGCACAGCUCGGGCGGCCUGCGAGAUGCUCAUCGGCUACGCUCGCGCCGUGAGCGUGACCCCGCGUGACCUUUGCCACCUCUUCGACAUUCGAAAUCCAAUCAUCCGUGAGCGCAUGGAGCGGGCAAGCCCCGCGCUCAAUCUCCGCCAGACACCCCGCGUCCGCGGGGCCGAGUGCUGCCUGGCUGGAUGA